AUGAUAUCAAGGAAAGGUCAAAAAGCCAUUAAUGAAGGCGUAGUUGGUAAAUAUAUAAAAAAAGAUACGCCACCAGAUUUGCCGAUUAUAAAUGUGUGGACAACGGGACAUAACAAAAGACCCCGUAGUCAGCCUUUUGGUGCAAAUGAUGCUGUCUCUCAAAGCCAUGAGAAUAAAUUUGGCAAGGCACAGACAAUGAGUGGUCAUGCGGGAAAAUAUACACCCAGUGAGUCAGUACCAAAUUUAGCACACAGGUUUGCGAAUUUGUCUACUAAUGAUACAGGAAGUACAACAAACACCUAUAAUUCACAAUAUUUGUUAGAUCCUAAUGUGGCUUCACAUACAACUCUAAAUGAAAUAGAUGACUCAUUCAGUAGACAGACUAGCUACAGAUAUUAUAGUCAACAGCAGGAAGAUCCAAUAUAUCAAAAUCAACAACAGGUUCAACAACAAAAACAACAGCAAUAUGGUUCAAGAGAAUCUAGUAUACCAAGAUUGUCUUCCAACAUGAGUUUAACACCAAGACUUCAUCCUCCAUCCCCACACUCAAUACAGCUACAUAACUGCAAUGAUUCCUAUGCCACAGCAAGUCAGUCUUCACCAAUAUACUCUAAUUAUGUAAAUACAUCAGGUCUUUCAUACAAUAAGGCUCAUGGCAGUAAAAUGAUAACAAGUGGUCAAGCUUCUGAUGAAAGUGAGCUUCCACUACCUCCGGGUUGGUCAGCAGACAGGACUUUACGGGGUCGAAGAUACUACAUGGACCAUAACACACAAACCACACAUUGGACUCACCCCCUUGAAAGUGUGCCACAACCUUGGCAGCGGGUUUCUACUCCACAUCAUGGAGUUUAUUAUUUUAAUGAAAUAACUCAUCAAACAACUUACGCUCAUCCGUGCUUGGUGGGUGGUUGCUACUUAGUUAGCCCCUAUGUUCCUACUCUUGUGCCACCUUAUCUACUGGAAGAGAUACCUCAUUGGUUAAUUAUUUAUUCAAAAGCUGAUCAGGAGCUUGAUCACAAACUCCGUUGGAAUAUGUUUAGGCUGAGUGAACUAGAUUGCUACUCUGACAUGCUGACUAGAUUGUACAAGCAAGAGCUGCAACUUAUUGUUAUGAAAUAUGAAAGAUACAGAUCUGCUUUACUACAAGAAAUUGAACGUAGACGACAUGCUGCGAUUACAUAUCAUACACAUUCAAACUGUUGA